AUUUUAAAUCCAGUCAAGGACCAUCCCUACUUUAACUGUUUUUUCCGCACAACGAAGAAGAAGAGGAACACAACUCGGAGAAAUUAUAAAGAAGAUAACUCGAGCUCUGUCUAAGACAGUUCAGUUUAAACCACAACAACAACAACACAAAGUAUUAAGUGAAAAAGUGAUUAAUGUGUUAAAUAAUUUAAAAUGAUUUUAAGAAAGAUUAUAUUGUUUAUCUCCUUUUUUAUCUUCAUUUCGUGCGAAGAGCAAGAAGAUCUCCAAAUAGCUGAAGCAAAUGGUAAAUUAGAAAUAAUUAAACAAAUUAAAAAAGUAAACGAUGAUGGUUCAUACACAAUAGGAUAUGAAGCCGAUGAUGGUUCUUUUAAAAUCGAAAGCCGCGAUGUUUUGGGAAAUGUAAAAGGAACUUAUGGUUACAUCGAUGAAAACGGUGAUAUUAAAAGAGUUUCGUACACUUCAAAUAACAGUAGCGAAUUAAAAACCGAAUCUUCGGUGGUGCAAAGAAUCCCAAAGUUGAAUAAAACAACGACGAGAAGACCAGUUUAUGUUCCAACGAUUCCUCCAACGACUUCUUCAAGUCAAAAUAUCGCAAAAAGAAGAGUUACAACGACAACUACAACAACAACGGAGUCUCCUAAAGUUAAUGAUUUCAUUAAAUCGGCUGUUGAGGCUUCGAAAAAUAUAAAAUAUGAGAAUCAAUAUCCAAGGAUUUUAUUGCAACGACCUAUUUUAAGCCAAAAAUCUUCUGAAGGACAAAUUGUUAGGCCAGAUACGAAUAUCCCCCCAACGGAACCUCCAAUUUAUCCCCCAACUUUAUUAGAUAAAGAAAAAACAAUUUCAAAUGAAGAGGGGAAAAUAAUAGAUGAAAAUUUAAAAAAUAAUCUUCGAAGGCAACUCCAACCAUCAAACUCUUUUAAUCCAAAAGACCACGUUAUGGAGUUCCAACAAAAUCGUGGUGGCGAUAUGAUCGAUGUUUAUACUUCAUCUUUAACAACGGGGAGUCCCCAAAGACCUUUAUUUACAACCACAUCGAGACCCAAAUAUAUUUCAUCAACAAUUACCCCACUUCAAGGGAUUAAAUAUCAAUAUCAACCAGAAAUAACCACAACACCAACCCCUCAAAUUCAAAUUCCUUCAACGAAAGAAGAAACUUUAGUUGCGAUAACUCAACCUGAUGGAAGAACAAUUUUAGUUCCUUUAAGGGAAAUCCCCGAAAUUGAAUCCGAUAAUUUUUACAUAAAAAGAUACCAACCGAUUCAACGAAACCCCCCAGAACAACAAAAAUUUCGAGCAAUCCCCGUAAGAGUCGACGAAAACGGCUACAUAAGAGAAAUGCAACCACAAUAUCACCGUAAUUACGAAAAAAUCAACGAUAUCGAUGAUUACAUCAACAACGAAGAAGUUAUUAACUCGAUAAAACCCCCGGUGAGCACGAGGGAUUUUCAAAAAUUACUGGAACAAUUAAUUUUAAGACAAAGUCGAUUAGAACAGAUUAGCUUUUUGAGUCGGAAGUACCGAAAUAUGUUCGGGCAAAAAACACGUCCCGUUUAUAAAACGAAUUAUAAUCAAAAUUUAGAUUACGGUUAUAAUAAUUACGUCACAUCCGAAUCUUCUUAUACCCCCACGCGAAGAGUUGCAAGAUUAUUAACACCGCAACAACAAAAAGAUGAAGAAUCCGAUUACUUACCGGCGGAUGUUCGCGAGAUGUUGUUGUUGAGAAUGUUGCAAUUGGCGAUUAAUCCUGGUUUGCCGUUAAACGUUCCUGAUAACUUGGUCGAUUCAACCACUUCAGUACCAAAAUUGAGAAAAUCGGGGGUGAGGAAUGUUGAGAUUUUAGGCGAAGAGGAUGAUUCGAAGAUAUCUGGAAGAUAAAUGUUUAGGAUUAAUGUUAAAUAUUAAAUACAAAGUCAU